CCCGACUCCCCGCAGCGGCCGCCAGCCCGAAUCACCGCCUCCCGGGGCGGGAUGAACAGACCCGCGGCCGCCGCAGGGCCCCAUGGAGGAGCAGCCGCGGCCGCCUCCGGCCCGUCCACCAGUGAGCAUGGCCUUGGCCUUGCGGGGCAGCCCGCACCCCGGCGCCCCCUCCGCAGCCGGCUCGCCUGGAGGGACUUCCUCUGCGGCGACCGCGGCCGUGCUCGCCUUCAGCACGGUGGCGACCGCGGCGGCCGCGGCGCUGGGGAACCAGAGCGACGCGAGCGGGGGCGGCAGCACCGUCGCGCCGGGAGGCGGCGGCCCCGGCGGGCCAGGGGCUGCGCGGGCGGCGGGGGCGGCGGGGAGGCCGGCGCUGGGCCCCGAGGCGGCUCCGGUGCUGUCGCACGGGGCAGCGGUGGCGGCCCAGGCGCUCGUCCUCCUGCUCAUCUUCCUGCUGUCUAGCCUGGGCAACUGCGCGGUGAUGGGAGUGAUCGUGAAACACCGGCAGCUUCGCACCGUCACCAACGCCUUCAUCCUGUCCCUGUCCCUGUCGGAUCUGCUCACGGCGCUGCUCUGCCUACCCGCCGCCUUCUUGGACCUCUUCACGCCUCCCGGGGGCUCGGCACCUGCCACCGCCACCGCCACCGCCACCACCGCGGGGCCCUGGCGCGGCUUCUGCGCCGCCAGCCGCUUCUUCAGCUCGUGCUUCGGCAUCGUGUCCACGUUCAGCGUGGCCCUGAUCUCGCUGGACCGCUACUGCGCCAUCGUGCGGCCACCCCGCGACAAGAUUGGCCGCCGCCGCGCGCUGCAGCUGCUGGCCGGUGCCUGGCUGGCCGCUCUGGGCUUCUCCCUGCCCUGGGAGCUACUCGGGGCGCCCCGGGAGCCCCCCGCAGCGCAGAGCUUCCACGGCUGCCUUUACCGGACUUCCCCCGACCCCGCCCAGCUGGGUGCCGCCUACAGCGUGGGGCUGGUGGUGACCUGCUACCUGCUGCCCUUCCUGCUCAUGUGCUUCUGCCACUACCACAUUUGCAGGACCGUGCGCCUGUCGGACGUGCGCGUGCGGCCGGUGACCACCUACGCGCGCGUGCUGCGCUUCUUCAGCGAGGUGCGCACCGCCACCACCGUGCUUGUCAUGAUCGUCUUUGUCAUCUGCUGCUGGGGUCCCUACUGCUUCUUGGUGCUGCUGGCCGCGACCCGGCAGGCCCACGCCACGCAGGCCCCGUCGCUGGUCAACGUGGUGGCUGUCUGGCUGACCUGGGCCAAUGGGGCCAUCAACCCCGUCAUCUAUGCCAUCCGCAACCCUAACAUUUCGAUGCUCCUAGGGCGCAACCGAGAGGAGGGGUACCGGACUAGGAAUGUGGACGCUUUUCUGCCCAGCCAGGGCCCAGGUCUGCAGGCCAGGAGCCGCAGUCGCCUUCGAAACCGCUAUAUCAACCGGCUGGGGACUUGCAGCAGGAUGUCCUCUUCCAACCCGGCCAGCUGGGCGGGAGGGGACAUGGCCAUGUGGGCCCGCAAAAACCCAGUCGUGCUUUUCUGCCGGGAGGGACCGCCAGAACCUGUGACAGCAAUGGCCAAACAGCCUAAAUCUGAAGCGGGGGACACUAGCCUCUAAGAAGGGUUAGGAUGGAUAGUGUGUGAGGCCAAAUCUCCACCCACUUCAUUUAAUGAUGCGGAAUUCCGGGGAGAAUCGUGGAUUUCAUAAAGUCAAACGUUUAAAACUAAAGAGACAGGGAGGGUUACCACUUCCCCAAACAACAUAAAAGACAAGGUCCCCUUCUUCAAAAGUGCCAAAAGGAAUGUAAAACGCAAAAAUUAAAACAAUCUUAAGCCACA